AAACAGCUGACGUACAGCAAUUCUGGGAAUAGUUGUUCCAAGGGUGUCGAACCCGCUCCCAUCGGAAGCAAGAACAGCGCCGAAGCACUACAAAGCGAGUCAAGCAAACCGGUCAAUGUUAACCUAACCCGUACGUCAACCCGCGCCGUACGGCUUAUCCGUGGCGUUUUGCAGCCCCCGACACGACUGUGUAUUGGUUUCGAUGACGUUUUUGCCACAUAAAUAAUCCCGUACCGUUUCGCAUAGAGCAAAAGUGUCCGUGCUUCACUCCCCCAGCCGCGCCGAACGCAGACCUCCCGUGUGUUUGCGUGUUUUUGUGGCUGUUUUUUAACCCAAGGACGGUGCCGGAUGAAGGAACCGGAGGUGGACGGGGGUCCGGGCCCGACCGACCCGGGCCAGGAGGAACCGUCGAUGGCGACGCGAGAGGUGCAAACGCAGCAGACGGAGAUAGCGGCUUCGAUCGUUCGGUCCAGCUUGGCCGAGAUUGAGACGCAGGCCUCCGGCAUGCUGAACCAUCUGGAGUACGUGCGGGCAGGGCAGAAGCAAGCGCAACCGCAGCCGCAACCGCAACCGCAACCGCCACAGCCGCCCACGUCACAGCAGCGGCGCGACUCGUCAGAAGAGUCGUCCGGGUCGGCGUCUGCCGCGUCCGGGGUGUACGGGCUGGAGCUGGCCCGGAAGCCGCACGCCGAGGUGCUGGCCUCGCUGGAGCAUCUGCUCGCCACCCUGCUGCCGGAGGAGGAUGGCGGCACCGACCAGCAGGAGUUUGUGCUGCCGCCGCUCGACGAAGCGUCCCACCUGGCGAUACUGCAGCAUUCGACCGCCGCCUACCUCGGGGCGCUCGAGCGGCACCAGCUGGCCCGGGUCGUCUCGCGGCUCGCCACCGACACGGCCCGGUGGCUCGGGGGGCUGUUCAAGUUUGCCGACUGCCACACGAACUACUGCCGGGACGAGGCGGAGUGUACGCUGCAGGCGAUACGGCUCGCCCUGAUCCAGCAGCAGGGCGAGGCGAGGGCCGACGCGCGACCGCCCACCGCCGCCCACACGAUCUAUCUGGCUGACCUGGCCCAGCUGUACACGGUGCAGCAUGCCUGUCGGUACCUGGGCCUGCCGCUGUCCUGCAUUCGGGUCGUGCCGUGCCAGCGGGCCGAGGACGCACCGGACGGGUGCGGCGGCCGGAUGGACCUGCAGCAGCUCGACAGCAUGCUCACGAUGGAUGAGGCGGCCGGGCGGCAGCCGCUGCUGCUGUUCGCGACCGUCGGCAGCCCGCUCACCGGCGUAUCGGACGAUCUGCUCGCGCUCAGCACAAUCUGCGCCGCCCAGCGCAUGUGGCUGCACUGCCAGGGGCUCGGGCUGGCCGGGCUCGCCCUCACCGCCACGUGGAUGGGCAAGUCGAAACGUAUGCCCAACUCAUUCACGCUCAGCCUUAACAGCUGGCUCGGGCUGACCGGCGUACCGUCCGUGCUGGUACACAAACCGAGCACGAUUACCGCCAAACCGAGCACCGUCUUCGACAGCGACCCGAUCCUGUCCAAUCGGGUGUCCUGUCUGAGCGUUUGGGCGGUGCUGCAAGCGCUUGGCGCUGACACCGUGAUCGAGCGCAUCUUUUCCGCGUUCGACUCGUGCCAGGCGCUCGGCAAGAUAUUGCUGCAAUUCGAGGGAAUUAAUGUGCUGAGUAAAGUGGCGUCUCACGACUCCAGCGACCAGUAUCGAUACUAUCUUGAAGGUGCUGCCAAUUACAAUAUGCUGUUCGACCAUAGUAUACCGGUGCUACUGUUCCAGUUCGAUGGCCACACGGAUACGCGCAACCGAACGGAAUCGGAAUCUGACCAGGCCCCAGCCAAGGCGACCACAACGACUUCAACCACGGCAGCGCCAGAAUCGGCCGACGAACCGAAACCGGCACACCAAACCGUGGAGAAAAACCCCUCGAAUGCGCAGUAUUACGACCGGCUCAACAGCUGGCUCGGUCAGAUACUGCUGCGCGACUGUGGCCAGCUCAGCCUGGAAAUGAUCGAGCACGAGCAGCACGGCAUCUGCAUCCGCUACUGCCCGUUCGUGCCCGGGUACGGCGAUCAGGUGCCCCGGCUAACGCCCGACCAGCUGGUCACGUUUGCCGGCUGCAUCGAGACGCAGAUCGAGAUACUGCACUCGACCAUCCGGCACCGGGCCCGGUUUCAGCAGCUGGUGGCGGCGAGUGGCGUCCUGCGGCUGAUUGAGCUGCACGACUGGGCCGGCCUCGGCGGCGUCUACUACGUGCCGGAGGGCUGGGAGACGCUCCUCACCGACCAGGCGAAGGGUGAGCUGAACAAGCUCAACACGGCGCUGGUGGAGGCGCUGCAGGCAACCGAUAGUGCAUUUUCCCACGCCGAAAGCAGCGAUGGGUUGAUCUGUGUACGCUUCGGCAUGGUGACGAGCGAGACGGAUGUUGAGGAGCUGCUGGAGCUGGUCGUGCAGACGGCGCGCGUCGUGCAGGAGAACUCCAAAAUUCUCGACACGAUGUCGGAAAUCCUGAAGAAGGGUAUCGAGGCGGCAACCAUCGAUCUGCAGCGCGAGGCGGAGGAAAAGCUGUGGCAGGAGGGCAUACUGCGGCAGGUGCCGCUGGUUGGACGGGUCGUCAAUUGGUGGUCCCCGCCGGCCAAGGAGACGGGCAUGAAGGGUCGCAGCCUUAAUCUAACGCAGGGUGUCGUCGAGAGUACGGAAAAUAUUUACAAAUACCAUAUGCAGAUGACGCCGAAAACGUCGCACCAGCUGCCGGGUAACAAGGCUCCACCGGCACCGCUCGUACAAAAGGCAAUCAAUGCCGAUCCGGACGACCGGUCGGUGCAACAUUCGCGCAACGCUAGCUCCAGCAGCGAACUGUCCGGCGUCGGUGCUGGCCGCACGAGCUUGCCGGCCCGCUCCAAGUCACCCCACUCGCCGACAGCCACGCAGCCGCAGCAGCAACCGACGCCUCCUCCUCCCUCUACGGCUGCUUCUCUUUCCGUCCCGCCAGCGACGAAGCCCGUAUCGCCGACUGGUACGAGCAGGGCAGCUGUGGAACCGCAGCCGACGACGCCCACGCCGGACGGUGGUGCGACAGCCGAACCAUGAACCGUUACGCAGCACGACUGGAGUGGACAACACGAAACACCGUUCACCGACACCACCACCACCACCACCACCACCAAUAGCGGAGUUCUCGUUUACCAAAGCUUUUCGUUUUAAACAAUGUUUUUAAGUUCCGCGUUCCCCUUUCUUCUCGAUCGUUCGGGAUCGUUCCCACUUCUAUGUCUCCCUCCCCUAUGCCCUUGCUUGGAAAACCAUUCCAUUCUAGAUCGUAAUUGAAAGCAACGAUAGCACGAAGGCUGAAGCUGAAAGCUCCUCGAGUUGAUUUGUUUUAUUUGUUUGGGAUUUUUUUGUGUUUGUAUUUUGUUUACAGCGAUGCACACUAUGCUUAUCUAGUGUUAAAUGUGACGGUACGAAAGUAAGUAGGUACGACUAGCACACAGAGAGGCCAUGAAAUGAAAUAUGUGCAGGGCCUUCUUCAACCCAUUAACACAGGUGAGGGUUCGGUGGUUGCAGUAUUCCAGAACCGAUCGAUCUCUCACACACUGUGUGCUUAGCUUAUUGUUAACGUAUUUGUUUAACAUAUUAGUUUUAGCGUUAAAAAAAUAAACUUGCACCUUAUAACACACACACAUGCAUACACUAAUACCAAUAUGUAUUGUAGUUUCUAAAAGCAGACACUAUAUAGAUUAGGGCAAGCAUGAUACACAGAAACA